UCAGGAAACUGAGCAAAUUUAAAAAGUACAUUUACCAAGGGAAACUUAGAACUUGUAUGUAUAUCUUCUGCAGCUGGAGCUGAAGAUUCAGCCAAGUUUCUCCAUUCAAAGAAGAACAGUUUUAUUGCUAUUUGCAAAAGGAAUGUAUUAAAAAGUACAAAAUCUAAUGGAGACAGAAGAGAGUAACACAAAAGCUGCUGCUUCCUGGUAUCUGCUUCAAAAAGACAGACUGCUUGCCCAUGGGAAUAACUCUGAUAUCUCUGGGAAAAAACGUAAGCAAGAAAGUACUGUUGGACAUGAACCAGUCACCUGUAUCCUUGAAGACAAGGUGGAACAGGACACUACUAUCACAAGAAUAAACCAGGAUGAGGAAGAGCCAAGCAACAAGAAAGUUAAACCAUUCUCUAAGGGAACAGGCCUAGCAAGUUUAAUGGGACCAGUGAAAUCCACGUCACUCAAGAGGAUUGGACAAUCUAUUCAGAGGUCAAUCAGUUUCAAAACUGAAGCUCGUCCCUUUCCUGCACCUCCAUUGAGACAGAGACCCAAGAACUCUACAACAGUUAAACGUAGAAACAGUUUGCUCUGGUCAGACACAGUAGAAAUAACUGAGGAACUGUCCAUGAAGGAGAUCAAACGACAAGAGGUAAUAUUUGAACUCGCGCAGGGUGAGCAGCAGUUGAUUGACGACCUCAGCUUAGUUAAAAAGGCUUACUAUGAACCAAUGCUGAAACUUGAUAUUAUGGCAGAGAAUGAGUUAACACAGAUAUUUGGGACACUGGAUUCUCUCAUCCCUCUGCAUGAAGACCUGGUAAACAGAUUACAUAACUUGCGAGGCACCGAAGGGGCAGUAGAUGAAGUGGGUCCAACACUUAUGGAAUGGUUCCCAUGCCUUGAUGCCUACAUUACAUACUGCUGUAACCAGGUGACAGCAAAAGCCCUCCUAGACAUCAAGAAGCAGGAUCCACGUGUUGAACAUUUCCUACGUCUCUGCCAGGAAUCUUCUUUUAGUCGGAAAUUGGAUCUUUGGAAUUUUCUUGACUUACCUCGAAGUCGUCUAGUGAAAUAUCCAUUGCUAUUAAAAGAAAUUGUGAGACACACAAACAGUGAGCACCCUGACAAACCCCACCUAGAGGAAGCAAUGGAGCUGAUUCAAAGUAUUGUGGCUGAGGUAAACAGGAAGACAGGUGAAGCUGAAUGUCAUUACUACCGUAGUCAACUGCACUUUGUUGAUGAGAUCCAGAGAAUUCCUGAGAUUCUAAGAUCUCAACUUCUUCUUUGUCAUGGAGACCUCAAGAACAAUAAAGGACAGAAGUUGCAUGUUUUUCUUUUUGAACUCGUCCUGGUACUGAGCCGGCCUGUCACGCAGAAUGACAAACUUCAGUUUCAAGUAUUUCGACAACCCAUUCCUAUUGGAGACUUACUCAUGGAGGAUCUACCUGAUGGAGACACAGGGCUGGCUGGCUCUUUUCGUGGUGCAUUCAUCUCAGCCAAUGACAAAACUAAAAAUUGUUUCCGGGUGAGCUCAAAAGGUCGUCUAAAAGGACAUGCGUAUUCUCUUCAGGCCAAUGACUCUUUCAACAAGCAACAAUGGAUUUCCUGUAUACGGCAAGCUAUUGUCUCCUAUAAAGACCACAUAAAUAUUCUACACCUCUCUCCAGAAAUAAAUUCGGCAAAUAGUUCCUUAGAUGACAUUGCUGAUCUCAGUAUAGAAUGUGAUGAUAAAGAAUGUGAAGAUGUAGAAAUGAAUGACCAAUAUGUUAAUAAUAAGGGAGUUAACUUUCUAGACCCAAAGUACUAAUAAUGUUAAUAAAACUAUUUCUAUUAUAUAAUUGUAUUGUGUUAUUGUAUUAAAUAUUUAUUUAAAGUGCAGAUCACUGAAAGUCUUUCAUGUGUAAGACUUCUUCCUUAAAUGUCAAGGUGGAAUAUACAGGCAAUGUUCUUGUUUUUGAUUACUAGUGUUUUUUUCAGGGACUGAGAAUGUAAUCAAUUCUGUGAAUAUUUGUCUGCUGAUCUUAAAUUAUGCAUGGUACAAAAAUGUAAAGCAAAUAUUGUGUUUAUAUAUAUAUAUAUAUACACAUUAUCUUGCCCUUGCCUUUCCAACUAUUUAAUCUAUUUGCAUGGUAGUUUUAUGUUUAGGUUGACUGUCUGACUGGUAUAUAUUAUGAAAUAUCUAUGAUUGCAAAUGUUACAUUUUUGGGAUGAGAAAACAUUAAUAACAAAGCUCUGCCAUUAUUGUAACUUCAAGAAGGUAGUAAAGCUCUUCCAGUCAAUAGUAAAGGUUAGUUAAUUGUUUACUAUCAAUGUUUAUUAAGUGGAAAUUGGAGCUUAGCUUUCAAAAUAACUGAAACCUUAUCAUUAAGUCUCUGUACUGUGUAAUUCUACAAGCUGCAUAUCAGUAUACUUGUUUAUUUAGAAACGUUUAUGUAUUUCUCUGUAACAGAUUAAUUUAUUCCAUUUGAUUCAGAAGUUACAUUGUACCUUUUAUGUUUUGUCUUGCACCAAAUAUAUAUAUACUGACAAGUACAUUUUUUAUACCUUAUUAAGCAAGGAUCAGUUCUGGCUGCAAA